GCUUUGAAAACAAAGUAACGCCCAGUUUACGGACCAGCAGAGCGGAAGGUCGCUCCUCAACAUGGCAUCCUCCUGAACUAUCGGUACCUGGUAUUAGACAACAUUCAUGAACAUUUGCCCUCGCAUACGACGGUGAUGUGGUUGGCAGCAGUGUCGGGGGCAGUCCUCGCAGCGGUCCUUACGGUCGCGGUGAUUGGCCUUUGUGCAACUCGCCAAAGAGAGCCCGUACACAUCAACCCAGCAGCAGCGCAACCAGCAGCGGCGCCAGCGGUCGCGGAUGGCCGAAACGGAGCGUCAAGCGGCCCUGCAGCGCAACCCUCCGACGUUCGCUUAAACUUGAUUGAUGAGCAUGCGAAAGAGCAUUCGACUGGUGCUCCAGGCGGCUUCGGGGCGGCGGGGGACACAACAGCGCCUGCACCUGGCGGCGGGGUUAGAGCCGGGGCAGUGGUCACCGUCCCUGGAAGUACACUAUCAGCAGCAGCGCCUCUCGUGGCUGAUUCUAAUAGCGCGAACCAUAAUAUUCGGGAGCACUUCGUGGAUCGGGUGGCUUGGGACGAGUACGCUGACCGCGUCAGUAAAAUGGCGCUGCCAGCGCCGCGCACGGCAGCCACAGGCAGCUUAGUCAGCGCCUACCAAGCGACUUACGGAGGCAGUGGUGGUAGGCCGGCUGCUGCAGGUGCAGACGGCGAUCCAGAUGCUGGAUCCAUGCCGCAUGGCAUCCUGGGCGCUGUGCCCAUGACCCCCGACGAGGCGCUGGCGCGGCUGACUGGCAAGGCCACAUCAUCGGGCUCAGAGUCCAGCCGCCUGCACACCAACAGCGGCAGCGCGCCGCCGCGAGGGCCCUCGCCAUUGCAGCCGCAGCAGCCGCGUGGCACAGAAGGCAAGGUGUUCAAGGUGCCGCAGUCGCGCGCGCCCAUUCCAGGGGCGCUCACCAAGUCCGGUGGCGGAAAGGAGCGUAGCUUACGGGGGCUAGUAGGGGAUAAGAGCGCUUUGGCAGCGCUGGGGUUGGUGACAACGGGAGCAUCUGGGCAGGCGACUUCGCCGACGGCCGGGCCACAGGCAACAUCGCCUGCAGGUGCGAAGGCCGUGGCGCCAAGCGCUGUGGUUGGUGGGCCAGGCACCAGCGGCGCGCUGGCCACAGGAGUGCAGCUGUCAGGGGCCGUGGCGCCUGGCAUGGGAGGAAACAGCUUGAUAGGCGGCGGUAUCGCGCCGCCGCCAUCGUUGCAGGCGGGCGCAAUCGCGCACGGUGUUAUUGCGCCAGGGCCGGACGUUCACAUGGACAUCAACCUGGACGAGCUCAACUUGGGGCAUGAAAUCGGGCGGGGCGGCUUCGGCAAAGUCUACUCGGGCACGUACCAGGGCACGCCUGUCGCUAUAAAAAUGCUGCUGGGCAACGCCACUAGCGCCCUAUCGGAGCUAGCAGCACUCCGGCUUGAGGUUUCAAUCCUCAGCCGCGCCAACCACCCCAACGUGGUCAAGAUCUACGGUGGCAACCUCUCGCCGCCAAAGCCCUUCAUCGUCGCGGAGCUGCUAAUGUGCUCGCUGCACGACUACAUCUAUCACCCGCAAGCCGAUACACGGACGCUGCUGGUGGUGCGCCUGGCGCGGGGUAUCGCGGCGGCGCUCGCGUACCUGCACCCCACCGUGCUGCACAGAGACCUGAAACCCGGCAACGUGCUGCUGAGCCACGAGGGCGUACCCAAGAUCGCUGACUUCGGCCUUGCCAGGUGGAAACUGAAGACGCUCCUGUCGACGCAAACGCUGGAAGCCGGGUCCGUGCCAUACCUUGCGCCAGAAUGCUUCGACCCGGACGUCUGGAGGCUGUCCACAUCCGUGGACGUCUACUCGCUCGCGAUCAUCAUGAGUGAAAUGCUUAUGCGGAGGCCGCCCUGGCACGGCAUGUCCAGCAUGCAAGUGGCGUGGGAGGUACAUGUGCAGGGUCGCCGGCCGGCGCUGCCGCCUGCAAGCCCGCUGGUGCCCGUUGAGCUUCUGCAACUCAUUGAGGCUUGCUGGCACCAGGACCCCAAGGAGCGGCCCAGCGCGGCGCAGGUGUAUGUGGUGCUUUCAGAGCUACACAACCGCCUGGAGGAGUUGGAGGCCGGCGAUGCGGCUUCCGGCCGCUGAAGGUGCUCAUGAUGUCGUCCUGCAGCUUGGUCCCUGUACAGUCCCGGUCAUUUUACACGCGUCCGUGCGCUUGCGCAUCCUCUUAGCGGGCUUCAUUCGCGGCCGACCGUGUGCGUGCAGGUCCCGUCGUGUGCAGUGAGUCUUGUCUGUCGCCUGGUGACCGGAGCAUGCCGUUUGGGGCCUUGCGCCCUCGCCCUGACGUAAGGGGUGACUUUGACUGCCGGUCGGCGUUGCCGCUGUUACUUCUUUCAUUUGAACGCUUGGAACAGGCGACGUUGUUAUAAAUGAAGCAUGCUGUGAACCAAUGCUGUAAUGGUUAUUCUUGGUACGGUUGGAGGGGGGUAAGUACUCAUGGGAGAUGGCACUAAGCAAGAUGUGGGCGGUUGACAUGGCUGCAGCUAUAGCGCAGUACGUGGGUGGUGGGGGCGUCGGGAGCGCAGUUGGCUGCUAGCAACUGGAGCGCAAAUGCCUAGGCAUUGGGAGGAGGAAACCAGAGCGCGUGUCGAUAAGCCACGCGUAAAUUCAGAGUUAUGGGCACUGGUGCACCUGCUAUUGUGGGCGCGGGCUUGUUCUGGGCAAUGGUGCAAGAAUGGUUCACCUGUUAAUGUGGGCUCGUUACAUGCCGUCAUAUAGGCGUUGGGCGUUUGACUGCGCAUCGGCGCAUGGUGGGAUCUCCGGUGCUGGGUUGAGUGCAAGUAUUGCUCCUAGGUACGAGCCCCAACCAGAGGCCUUGGACUUGGGCCAAAUUAUAAGGCCCUAGAGGGGCGCCCGUGCCCCCGUCCGACUGUGGCUUGUGCCAACGGCGCGUCCCAACUCCCAACGCAAGUCUAAGUUAUUGAAGAUGCUUUAAGGAGACGAAAUGCGCACGAUGCCAGAGGAGGCUGUCGGAGCUAGCAGGCACGGAGUAUUGUGUGAUUUGUGUCUGACGGUUGAUUAGGGACCCCGGCUGGGCGGUACUGACGUCAAACUGCGUCAAAGAACUGUCGGUUCGCCCAGGGGGGGGGUAGAAUGUUCCGAAACAGACCCCAUGCUUCAAAUGGAUAGAGCUCAACGAGAGAAUCACGAAUCCGCUUUCAAAAUUGAAAAUGGGUUUCUGGGUGCAAAGUUAUGACCCCUCAAAGUGGCCGGUCGGUCGGUCGGUCGGGGGUCCCAAGAGGUUUUGCACAGGUUCGUGCCAAGUUUUGUUCCUAGCGCUUCUGUCCUGCAGCGCGCGGCGCAAUGGGUGCAGCUCAACGAGGCGUGCGUAGGUAUACCCCAGACUUAGCACACAUGCAUAGUAUGGGGUAGUUUGGGAAGGGGCAUGUCGGCAUGUCGGGAGAUGCCUGGGGAACUGGUCAGGGACAGGCCGGUGCCGGCCGACUUUUGCAUGGAUGAACAUGUCAGCACA